UGGCGCCUCAGAGGAGGAAGAGGAGGAGGCAUCCGUCUGUCGAAUCGUAUCCUCUUUCUUUGAAUCGACGUCUAUGCAUGGCGUUGGUCGUGUAUACAAGCGGAGUAGCCCAUUUCGACGGUUCGUGUGGCUCUGCGUGACCCUGACCUUCACCGUGUGGGCCAUUCAGCAGAUCUCUGUGGUGGCGUUCGACUACUCUCGUUACCCGAAGAAAAUCGACCAGCGAGUCGAAGAGGACACGAUCGUACAUUUCCCGGCCGUGACCCUCUGUAGCUUGAACCCGAUGCCUCAUUCGGCCUACCUGGAUGAACACAAUUGGUGGAGUGCAAUUGUAGAUCUCGAGGAACAGUACACAGAGCCGAAAUGUGAUACUCGGAAAGCUACAAAUAAGAAGAUGCUGUUAAUGAAAACGCAGUUAAAUACACCGAAGAAGCAGAAUAACGACGUACACAGAAGAGUGGGUGACACAGCCUAUGAAACCUCUGGAGGAUCCACUCAAGGAUAUGCCUCGACCACUGAGGGAAGCACGGAAGGAGACGCCGUGACCUCAGGAGGAAGCACUCAAGGAUAUGCCUCGACCACUGAGGGAAGCACGGAAGGAGACGCCGUGACCUCAGGAGGAAGCACUCAAGGAUAUGCCUCGGCCGCUGGGGGAAGCGCGGAAGGAGAUGCCGCGACCUCAGGAGGAAGCACUCAAGGAUAUGCCUCGACCACUGGGGGAAGCGCGGAAGGAGACGCCGCGACCUCAAGAGGAAGCACUCAAGGAUAUGCCUCGACCACUGGGGGAAGCGCGGAAGGAUAUGCCGCGACCUCAGGAGGAAGCACUCAAGGAUAUGCCUCGGCCGCUGCGGGAAGCGCGGAAGGAGACGCCGCGACCUCAGGAGGAAGCACUCAAGGAUAUGCCGCGACCUCAGGAGGAAGCACUCAAGGAUAUGCCUCGGCCGCUGGGGGAAGCACGCAAGGAUAUGCCGCGACCUCAGGAAUAACCACUGGAGGAUAUGACAUCUUUUUUGGAUGUGGGCAAGCGCCUUAUACUUCGGACAAUUGUAAUACCACAGAAGAAUGUAUGGGUAAGAUAUUUCUGUUUACUUAA